GUCGCUCAGUUGCCGCCUCCAGCGUGACAUCUCACUCUGCGCUAACGCCUCAGCGAGAAGCGCAUUUUUUUUUUUCCUCCGGAGUUCAGGUUUUCUUGUCUUUUCUUUGUUCGCCGUCGGUGCCGUGAGUAACAUCAUGUCGCUGCCGCAGCAGUUACGAGACGAAAGUGACUUUGAUCAGCUGCCUCAUAACAUCCCUAUCAGCGCCGCCAUCGCUGAUAUCGAGGAGAAGAAAGGCUUCAUCGACUACUUUAGGUUUGUGAUUGAGGUGAAGACUAAAGGAGGGAGUAAGUAUCUCAUCUACAGGAGGUACCGAGAGUUUUUCAACCUCCACCAGAUCCUCGAGUCCAAAUACGCUCCUGAAGACCCCGAGAAACCCGGUCCCAACACCUGCAUCCUGCCCACUCUGCCAGGAAAAGUCUUCAUCGGCAACAAGCAGGAGAUUGCAGAAAGCAGAAUCCCUGAACUCAGCACGUACAUGAAGAGGUUGCUGGGUCUGCCAACAUGGUUCCUGCUCGAUGAGGCUCUCAGGAUGUUUUUCUACCAGACGGAGCAAGACAGCCAGCACCUACCGCGAGCCCUCAGGCGUCUCCGCCCACCUACCCGAAAAGUGAAGACAGUCAAACCAAAGAUGGACCUCUUCUCCUCCCCCAGGGCGGAGGCGAUGUUUGACUUUCGCGGCAACAGCAAGGCGGAGCUGAACCUGAAGAGGGGAGAGGUGAUCUUCCUGCUGCGACGAGUCAACGCCGACUGGCUGGAGGGCACAGUCAACAAUCAGACAGGUAUUUUCCCAGAAUCCUUUGUGAAGAUCAUAAAGCCCCUCCCAGAGAGUGACUCAGAAGGUGAUGGUGGAGGCCACACCUACAGCUGUCUGCGCUGCUUCCUGCUCACCCCCUCUGGGGUCGACACCAGAGAUGUGUGUGUACAAGAGGCCCUCACCAUUCAGCCGACGUACAAGGAGUUGCUGUCUCGUAUGAGAAACGUCUUCAAGGAGGAUGACAUCACCCUGAACUACCGCGACCCCGAAGGCGACCUCAUCCGUAUCCUCGACGACGAGGACAUCCAGCUGAUGAUCAGGGAGAGCAGAGGUCAGCAGGGUAAAGUCAAGAGGCCUGUCAAUCAGUUUCCGUGGGAGCUGCACGUGACCAUGGCCUCUGACCUUUCAGUUUACAACACCGAGGCCUGAGAGAGAAGCAAAGUGGAAUUCAACGGAAGAACAGAAGACACUUAGUAUUUAGUUCUUAUUCGGAAAUGAUGAACUUGAACCCACGAUUGAUGUUGUAAGUGUUGCCUGUGUCUUCACUGUUGUGCCAGUUAAUGGUCAAUGCAUUUCACUUAGUAAUAAACUAAUUUAAUGACACUUUUA